AUGAUCACCACCAAUCAGCGACGUCAUAUUGAAUGGACUCCCAUCCUGGGCCCAUCAUUUCCUGGUGCAAUUUGUAGAGUGUGGCUUAUGCAGGCCGGAACCAUCUCCAUUCCUGAAGAUUUUGUGCUGCUACCGGCACCAAACACCAAUAAUCGAACCAUCCAAGAAAGUCCAGAACAGUCAAAACUUCGCAGCUUCAAUGCUCCCGACUUUGUCUUUUUAAUUGAACAUGUCCCCACAGGCGACUUCUUCCUCUUCGACUUGGGCAUGCGAAAAGAUCUUCACAACCUACCUCCAUACAUCUGCGACGUCGACCUACCAAUCUAUGACUGUAGUCCAAGGCUGCCUCAAGUCAUCUUGGCCAAAAACAGUCCUGCCGGCUUCGGUUUUUCCAAAGUGAAAGCCAUCAUUUUGUCACAUCUGCACUUCGACCAUAUUGGAGACUGUGGACGUGAAGCCUUUCCCGAGGCAGAACUUUGGAUAGGACCGUCAGCUUGCAUGGAAGCUCGCCCUGGCCAUCCUCAUGAUCCCAUGGCGACCGUUCUUGCAAGUGACUUUCCCAAAGAUGGCACCAGGAAGAUCGUCGAAUUCACCAUUCCUCAGCCUCGCCUCCAGGAAAGAGGCGACGGUAGGGCUACCAAGAUCGAGGAAUGGCACAGCACUGGUCAGUACGAGGCUGUAGACUCUCAAGUGCCGAGAAAUGGCUGGAAACCUUCGGGAAGCUUCGGCCUAGCCUUCGACCUUUUUGGAGAUGGGUCAGCUUACUUGAUCGAUACGCCUGGUCAUGCUGCGGGCCACCAAUCGCUUCUCGUCCGUGUCACCACUGAACAAGACGGAGUAGAUACAGACCAAGGAGACUUCGUCUUGCUAGCUGGAGAUUCGUUUCACCAUCCCAUUUUAUUGCAGGACCCAUCCAGAACCGCGCGUCCACCUUACGGCACCUACACAAUACAUGCUGAUGACGAUUUGGCAAUCGAUACCAUGAUCAGGACACGUGAAUUCGCAAAACGCGAGAACAUCUGGGUCAUUGCUUCUCAUGACAUCUCGAUCGUAGAAACGCUCGCAGCAGGGACGAAUGGUGUGGAAGGUUUGGUCCUGCUGAAUGACUGGAGGCGGAAAGGAUGGAAAGGCGGCCAAGGGCAGUGGCACCCGUGA